UUUCCCCGAAACUCCCCUUCUUUUUUACUCGGCUUGCGCUAGUAAACUUUUUGUCCGCUCACUCUCUCCUCCACCCUCCACCCACUUUCCUCCCCAACCAAAAUUCAGCUCAAAUGCUCUCCAAAUAAAUCCCCAAACACAAAUUCAAAACUCCCCAAAUCGAAAUUCUCUCUCUCUCUACCUUCUCGUUUUCUCUCCGCACCUUAUCCUCUCUCCCUCCUCCACAACUACUCUUACGUCACUAAGACGGUAUCGCUCACAUGACGGACUAUCGGAUACCGCCGACGAUGAAUCUUUGGACGGACGACAACGCGUCGCUGAUGGAGGCCUUUAUGAGCUCAUCCGAUCUGACGUCGUUUUGGGCGGCGCCAUCGGCCCAGCCCACGCCUCAACCCGCUCACCCCCAAGCCCAGCCUCAGUCGUCAGCCUCCACUUCAGACUACCCGAAGGCGGCUGCUGUCGCGCCAUCUCAGCCGUCCAUCACGCCCUUCAACCAGGAGACCCUCAUGCAGCGCCUCCAGGCCCUCAUCGAAGGCGCCCGCGAGAGCUGGACCUACGCCAUCUUCUGGCAGUCCUCGUACGACUACUCCGGCGGCACCGUUCUCGGGUGGGGUGAAGGGUUUUACAAGGACGAGAGGGACAAAGGCAAGGCGAAGGCCAAAACGACGACGUCCGCCGCCGACCAGGAGUACAGGAAAAAAGUCCUCCGCGAGCUCAACUCCUUGAUUUCCGGGGCCGACACGUCAGCAGACGACGCAGUAGUGGAUCAGGAGGUGACCGAUACCGAGUGGUUCUUCCUGGUCUCGAUGACUCAGUCGUUCGUCCCCGGCGGCGGGCUUCCGGGUCAGGCCUUCUUUCACUCGACCCCGGUCUGGGUUGCUGGACCGGACCGGCUGGCGGCGUCCCCGUGCGAGCGGGCGAGACAGGGCCAGGCGUUUGGGCUGCAGACUCUGGUUUGCGUUCCGACGGCAAAUGGGGUGGUUGAGCUGGGCUCGACGGAGCUCAUCUACCAGAGCUCGGAUCUGACAAACAAAGUCCGGGUUUUGUUCAAUUUCAACAAUUUGGAAGUGGGUUCGUGGCCUAUGAGCGGCGGCGGUGCCGAUCAGGGAGAAAACGACCCGUCGUCGCUCUGGAUUAACGAUCCGUCGUCCACCACCAUCGAAGUCAAGGACCCGGUGAACAUGACUCCCGUUACUUCGGCACCCACCAGCACCAGCACACAGCCCGUCUCGAAGCCAAUUCAGUUCGAAAGCCACCAGCCGAGUUCCAGUAGCUUAUCGGAGAACCCGAGCGCGAUUCAAUUACAACAAUCGCAGCAGCAAGUACAGCAGCAGACGCAAAGCUUCUUCACCAGGGAGCUCAAUUUUUCCGAUUAUGGUUACGACGGGAGCAGCGUGAAGAACUCCAAUUCCAAUUCGUUGAAGCCUGAAUCGGGGGAGAUUUUGAGUUUCGGUGAGAGCAAGAGGAGCUCUUACAGCGCCAAUGGAAAAUUGUUUUCGGGGCACUCCCAAAUUGCCGCCGCCGAGGAUAACAACAGCAAGAAGAAGAGGUCGCCGCCCUCUCGCGGCAGCAACGACGAGGGGAUCUUGUCGUUUAGCUCGGGGGUGAUUUUGCCGUCCAGUGGUGUCGUGAAAUCGGGCGGCGGUGGCGCCGCCGAUUCGGACCACUCCGACCUUGAAGCCUCGGUGGUUCGGGAGACUGAUAGUAGCCGGGUUGUGGACCCAGAAAAACGACCGAGAAAACGGGGUCGUAAACCGGCCAACGGGAGAGAAGAACCCCUGAACCACGUUGAAGCAGAGAGGCAAAGAAGAGAGAAGCUUAACCAGAGAUUCUAUGCUCUCCGAGCGGUGGUACCAAACGUGUCGAAAAUGGACAAGGCAUCGCUUCUGGGCGAUGCCAUAUCGUAUAUCAACGAGCUGAAGGCGAAGCUGCAGACAGUGGAGAGCGAUAAGGAGGAUUUGCAGAAGCAAUUGGAGUCGAUGAACCAGGACUUGGGUUGUAAAGACUCGAGUUCUCUGUCAGACCAAGACCUCAAAAUGUCUAAACACCAAGCUAGUAGUAAAUUGAUAGACUUGGAUAUUGAUGUGAAGAUAAUCGGAUGGGACGCCAUGAUUCGAAUUCAGUGUUGCAAGAAGAACCACCCUGCAGCCAGAUUAAUGGCUUCUCUCAAAGAGCUUGAUUUGGAUGUACACCAUGCCAGCAUUUCUGUAGUCAAUGAUUUGAUGAUACAACAAGCCACUGUGAAAAUGGGCAGCCGAAUUUACACUCAGGAUCAGCUCAGGUUAGCUCUUUCAUCGAAAAUCGGCGACUCCCGGUAAGAAAAAUGGGAACCAGGGGUGAGGAGAAACAGAGAGUUUGUUUUGGAUUUCAAUGGUGGUUCAGGGCUUUUGGGACAUUUUAAGGCUCCCGACAAAGCAGCGAGCUCUGUUAGAUACUGGUUCCACGCGUUUCUCAUGUCUUCUUGGGUAGCAUUUUGUUUUAGUAUAGAUUGAGUUUGAGGAGCUGAAACAAUUUUAUUAGGUCCAAAACUACAUGGCUCCCUCCCCUUUCAGUGAAAAUAGCUAUAUUUUUUUGUUCUGUUUUUUGGUGUCAAUUUUCUGUCUUUCUUCUUUGUGUAUAUAAGUGUUAUAAAUUUGAACCCCAUGGGAGUUCUGGUUAGUGAUGUAGAAGUAUGUAUUUCAGAAUGUAACAUUUGUAUUCUGUUAUGUCCACUACUGGAUUCAGCAAUCAAACAUGUUGAACUUUCUUCAACUUUUGAUCUU